GGGACGUUGAACGCAGCACUAGUCGAGGAAGCUACCUGUACACAGAUAUACAUGUCAACAGUUCCGUGGGUUUACCGCGUUGGUCGAGCGGCGUAAGGACAACGGACUCAGCAACAACAACAUACUAGGUUUAUUUUGCAGCAGAUCGUGAAUUUGUCAGUCCUUGGAGGAGGUUGUGUCUUGUUGAUGGGCAGGGCUAUGCUACUCCAGAGGUGGAUCUGUCCCACCCUCCUCUCAGCUGGCCACCGUUCUGCAGUAGUGAAGAAAGAGACUCCGUUCACCCACAUGCGUCUCUUUACGAGUCCCAGCAACAGACACGGCAUGGCAGAAGAAGCGAAGAAACUAGCAGGCUAUGCUGCGGUGGAUAAUCACGUUCAGGACAACCAGGUGGUCGGAGUGGGCAGUGGAUCCACCAUUGUGUACGCUGUUGACAGACUAGCGGAGAGAGUUCGUCAGGAGAAACUCAACAUCGUGUGUGUCCCCACCUCCUUCCAGGCUCGUCAGUUGAUUCUGCAGCAUGGUCUAACCCUGUCUGAUCUGGAUAGACACCCAGAGCUGGACGUGGCCAUCGAUGGGGCAGACGAGGUGGAUGCUUCUCUCACACUCAUCAAAGGAGGAGGAGGCUGUCUGACUCAGGAGAAGAUCGUAGCUGGCUGUGCCAAACACUUCAUCGUCAUCGCUGACUUCAGGAAGGACUCCUCGGUCCUGGGCCAGCAGUGGAAGAAGGGUGUUCCUAUUGAGGUGAUCCCUAUGGCCUACGUCCCCGUCUCCAGGACUAUAGCCAAGCGCUUCGGAGGGGAGGCAGUACUCCGUAUGGCCUUCAGUAAAGCUGGUCCGGUGGUAACAGACAACAGUAACUUCAUUCUGGACUGGAAGUUUGAACACACUCACAACUGGAAGGAGGUCAAUAUCGCUAUCAAGAUGAUACCAGGUGUGGUAGAGACAGGUCUGUUUGUGGGAAUGGCAGAGAGGGUGUACUUUGGGAUGGAGGAUGGUAAUGUUGGUGUCAGAGACCCUCCAGUCAACUGACCUGAGCCCUUCUCCAGCACCCCCCUCCACCUGGAACCAACCAGCACCCCCCCCCCCCCCCCACCUGGAACCAACCAGCACCCCCCCUCCACCUGGAGCCAACCAGCAUCAACCACAAGUGCCCUAUUUUAUUAUGGAUGCAUUCCAAAUGGCCCCCUAUUCUCUAUGUAGUGCACUACUUUAGACAAGAGCCCUAUUAGAGCCCUAUGGGUCCUGGUCACGGAGCCCUAUUAGAGCCCUAUGGGUCCUGGUCACGGAGCCCUAUUAGAGCCCUAUGGGUCCUGGUCACAGAGCCCUAUUAGAGCCCUAUGGGUCCUGGUCACAGAGCCCUAUGGGUCCUGGUCAAAGAGCCCUAUUAGAGCCCUAUUAGAGCCCUAUGGGUCCUGGUCAAAGAGCCCUAUUAGAGCCCUAUGGGUCCUGGUCAAAGAGCCCUAUUAGAGCCCUAUGGGUCCUGGUCAAAGAGCCCUAUUAGAGCCCUAUGGGUCCUGGUCAAAGAGCCCUAUUAGAGCCCUAUGGGUCCUGGUCAAAGAGCCCUAUGGGUCCUGGUCACAGAGCCCUAUGGGUCCUGGUCACAGAGCCCUAUGGGUCCUGGUCACAGAGCCCUAUGGGUCCUGGUCACAGAGCCCUAUGGGUCCUGGUCACAGAGCCCUAUGGGUCCUGGUCACAGAGCCCUAUGGGUCCUGGUCACAGAGCCCUAUGGGUCCUGGUCACAGAGCCCUAUGGGUCCUGGUCACAGAGCCCUAUGGGUCCUGGUCACAGAGCCCUAUGGGUCCUGGUCACAGAGCCCUAUGGGUCCUGGUCACAGAGCCCUAUGGGUCCUGGUCACAGAGCCCUAUGGGUCCUGGUCACAGAGCCCUAUGGGUCCUGGUCACAGAGCCCUAUGGGUCCUGGUCACAGAGCCCUAUUAGAGCCCUAUGGGUCCUGGUCAAAGAGCCCUAUUAGAGCCCUAUGGGUCCUGGUCAAAGAGCCCUAUGGGUCCUGGUCACAGAGCCCUAUGGGUCCUGGUCACAGAGCCCUAUGGGUCCUGGUCACAGAGCCCUAUGGGUCCUGGUCACAGAGCCCUAUGGGUCCUGGUCACAGAGCCCUAUGGGUCCUGGUCACAGAGCCCUAUGGGUCCUGGUCACAGAGCCCUAUGGGUCCUGGUCACAGAGCCCUAUGGGUCCUGGUCACAGAGCCCUAUGGGUCCUGGUCACAGAGCCCUAUGGGUCCUGGUCACAGAGCCCUAUGGGUCCUGGUCACAGAGCCCUAUUAGAGCCCUAUGGGUCCUGGUCACAGAGCCCUAUGGGUCCUGGUCAAAGAGCCCUAUGGGUCCUGGUCACAGAGCCCUAUUAGAGCCCGAUGGGUCCUGGUCAAAGAGCCCUAUUAGAGCCCUGGUCACAGAGCCCUAUUAGAGCCCGAUGGGUCCUGGUCAAAGAGCCCUAUUAGAGCCCUAUGGGUCCUGGUCACAGAGCCCUAUUAGAGCCCUAUUAGAGCCCUGUGGGUCCUGGUCACAGAGCCCUAUUAGAGCCCUGUGGGUCCUGGUCAAAGAGCCCUAUUAUAGCCCUAUGGGUGAUGGUCACAGAGCCCUAUUAGAGCCCUAUGGGUCCUGGUCACAGAGCCCUAUUAGAGCCCUAUGGGUUCUGGUCACAGAGCCCUAUGGGUCCUGGUCACAGAGCCCUAUUAGAGCCCUAUGGGUCCUGGUCACAGUGCCCUAUUAGAGCCCUAUGGGUCCUGGUCACAGAGCCCUAUUAUAGCCCUAUGGGUCCUGGUCACAGAGCCCUAUGGGUCCUGGUCACAGAGCCCUAUUAGAGCCCUAUGGGUCCUGGUCACAGAGCCCUAUUAGAGCCCUAUGGGUCCUGGUCACAGAGCCCUAUUAGAGCCCUAUGGGUCCUGGUCACAGAGCCCUAUUAGAGCCCUAUGGGUCCUGGUCAAAGAGCCCUAUUAGAGCCCUAUUAGAUCCCUAUUAGAGCCCUAUGGGUCCUGGUCAAAGAUCCCCAUUAGAGCCCUAUGGGUCCUGGUCAAAGAGCCCUAUUAGAGCCCUAUGGGUCCUGGUCACAGAUCCCUAUUAGAGCCCUAUGGGUCCUGGUCACAGAUCCCUAUUAGAGCCCUAUGGGUCCUGGUCACAGAUCCCUAUUAGAGCCCUAUGGGUCCUGGUCAAAGAGCCCUAUUAGAGCCCUAUGGGUCCUGGUCACAGAGCCCUAUUAGAGCCCUAUGGGUCCUGGUCACAGAGCCCUAUUAGAGCCCUAUGGGUCCUGGUCACAGAGCCCUAUUAGAGCCCUAUGGGUCCUGGUCACAGAGCCCUAUUAGAGCCCUAUGGGUCCUGGUCAAAGAGCCCUAUGGGUCCUGGUCAAAGAGCCCUAUUAGAGCCCUAUGGGUCCUGGUCACAGAGCCCUAUUAGAGCCCUAUGGGUCCUGGUCACAGAGCCCUAUUAGAGCCCUAUGGGUCCUGGUCACAGAGCCCUAUUAGAGCCCUAUGGGUCCUGGUCACAGAGCCCUAUUAGAGCCCUAUGGGUCCUGGUCACAGUGCCCUAUUAGAGCCCUAUGGGUCCUGGUCAAAGAGCCCUAUUAGAGCCCUAUGGGUCCUGGUCACAGAGCCCUAUUAGAGCCCUAUGGGUCCUGGUCAAAGAGCCCUAUUAGAGCCCUAUGGGUCCUGGUCACAGAGCCCUAUUAGAGCCCGAUGGGUCCUGGUCACAGAGCCCUAUUAGAGCCCUAUGGGUCCUGGUCAAAGAGCCCUAUUAGAGCCCUAUGGGUCCUGGUCAAAGAGCCCUAUUAGAGCCCUAUAGGUCCUGGUCACCGUGCCCUAUUAGAGCCCUAUAGGUCCUGGUCACAGAGCCCUAUUAGAGCCCUAUUAGAGCCCUAUGGGUCCUGGUCACAGAGCCCUAUUAGAGCCCUAUGGGUCCUGGUCAAAGAGCCCUAUUAGAGCCCUAUUAGAGCCCUAUGGGUCCUGGUCACAGAGCCCUAUUAGAGCCCUAUGGGUCCUGGUCACAGAGCCCUAUUAGAGCCCUAUUAGAGCCCUAUGGGUCCUGGUCACAGAGCCCUAUUAGAGCCCUAUGGGUCCUGGUCACAGAGCCCUAUUAGAGCCCUAUUAGAGCCCUAUGGGUCCUGGUCACAGAGCCCUAUUAGAGCCCUAUGGGUCCUGGUCACAGAGCCCUAUUAGAGCCCUAUGGGUCCUGGUCACAGAGCCCUAUUAGAGCCCUAUGGGUCCUGGUCACAGAGCCCUAUUAGAGCCCUAUGGGUCCUGGUCAAAGAGCCCUAUUAGAGCCCUAUGGGUCCUGGUCACAGAGCCCUAUUAGAGCCCUAUGGGUCCUGGUCACAGAGCCCUAUUAGAGCCCUAUGGGUCCUGGUCAAAGAGCCCUAUUAGAGCCCUAUGGGUCCUGGUCACAGAGCCCUAUUAGAGCCCUAUGGGUCCUGGUCACAGAGCCCUAUUAGAGCCCUAUGGGUCCUGGUCACAGAGCCCUAUUAGAGCCCUAUGGGUCCUGGUCACAGAGCCCUAUUAGAGCCCUAUGGGUCCUGGUCACAGAGCCCUAUUAGAGCCCUAUGGGUCCUGGUCACAGAGCCCUAUUAGAGCCCUAUGGGUCCUGGUCACAGAGCCCUAUUAGAGCCCUAUGGGUCCUGGUCACAGAGCCCUAUUAGAGCCCUAUGGGUCCUGGUCACAGAGCCCUAUUAGAGCCCUAUGGGUCCUGGUCACAGAGCCCUAUUAGAGCCCUAUGGGUCCUGGUCACAGAGCCCUAUUAGAGCCCUAUGGGUCCUGGUCACAGAGCCCUAUUAGAGCCCUAUGGGUCCUGGUCACAGAGCCCUAUUAGAGCCCUAUGGGUCCUGGUCACAGAGCCCUAUUAGAGCCCUAUGGGUCCUGGUCACAGAGCCCUAUUAGAGCCCUAUGGGUCCUGGUCACAGAGCCCUAUUAGAGCCCUAUGGGUCCUGGUCACAGAGCCCUAUUAGAGCCCUAUGGGUCCUGGUCACAGAGCCCUAUUAGAGCCCUAUGGGUCCUGGUCACAGAGCCCUAUUAGAGCCCUAUGGGUCCUGGUCAAAGAGCCCUAUGGGUCCUGGUCACAGAGCCCUAUUAGAGCCCUAUGGGUCCUGGUCACAGAGCCCUAUUAGAGCCCUAUGGGUCCUGGUCACAGAGCCCUAUUAGAGCCCUAUGGGUCCUGGUCACAGAGCCCUAUUAGAGCCCUAUGGGUCCUGGUCACAGAGCCCUAUUAGAGCCCUAUGGGUCCUGGUCACAGAGCCCUAUUAGAGCCCCAUGGGUCCUGGUCACAGAGCCCUAUUAGAGCCCUAUGGGUCCUGGUCACAGAGCCCUAUUAGAGCCCUAUGGGUCCUGGUCAAAGAGCCCUAUGGGUCCUGGUCACAGAGCCCUAUUAGAGCCCUAUGGGUCCUGGUCACAGAGCCCUAUUAGAGCCCUAUGGGUCCUGGUCACAGAGCCCUAUUAGAGCCCUAUGGGUCCUGGUCAAAGAGCCCUAUGGGUCCUGUUAUAAACUUGUCGCCUGUAUUGACUCGCUGUGUUGUUUCUAUUCUCUUCAGAUAACCAGAGAACCCUGGUGGUGUUUGAGUACACUGAAACCAAUGGGCCCUCGUCAAACGUAGUGCACUCAAAUAGGGAAUAGGGUGCCAUUUUGACCACUAGCCUGAACAUCUGCCUCUGUUUGUACUGAACUGUCUAAUCUGACUGUUUGCCCUUCCACUGUCUUACAACAUGUUGUUGAUCAUAUGCCUGGUCCCGGGUCUGCCUUCUGGUGGCCUGGUCCCGGGUCCGCCUCUGGUGGCCUGGUCCCGGGUCUGCUGCUGGUUGCCUGGUCCCGGGUCUGCCUCUGGUCCCGGGACUGCCUUCUGGUGGCCUGGUCCCGGGUCUGCCUUCUGGUGGCCUGGUCCCGGGUCUGCCUUCUGGUGGCCUGGUCCCGGGUCUGCCUUCUGGUGGCCUGGUCCCGGGUCUGCCUUCUGGUGGCCUGGUCCCGGGUCUGCCUUCUGGUGGCCUGGUCCCGGGUUUGUCAAGCUAACAAUGUGUGUCGGAGUUGGCAGGAUGGCCCACACACUGUUUCUCAGGCCAUGUCUCUGUUUGUCUAGUUGCUGCACAUCGUUUCGUUGCACAAGCCAGCCUUGUGCCAUUCUCUUACCUAAUACCAAAGUUGCAGGGCCUGGAUUUACAAAACAUUUCAUAAGGUUUUCAAAAUCCAGGCCCAAAUGUAAUCAGUUGUACUCAAUGCAUGGCUCACUGGGUCAGAAGGGGGGGGGGGGGGGUUCCUACCAUGACUGUCCCUGUCUGUAGCCUAUUGGCUGUCCUGACUGUCUGUACCUACCAUGGCUAUAUGACUGUCCCUGUCUGUAGCCUAUUGGCUGUCCUGACUGUCUGUACCUACCAUGACUAUAUGACUGUCCCUGUCUGUAGCUUAUUGGCUGUUCUGACUGUCAGUACCUACCAUGGCUAUAUGACUGUCCCUGUCUGUAACCUAUUGGCUGUCCUGACUGUCUGUACCUACCAUGGCUAUAUGGCUGUCCUGACUGUCUGUACCUACCAUGGCUAUAUGACUGUCCCUGUCUGUAGCCUAUUGGCUGUCCUGACUGUCUGUACCUACCAUGGCUAUAUGACUGUCCCUGUCUGUAGCCUAUUGGCUGUCCUGACUGUCUGUACCUACCAUGGCUAUAUGACUGUCCCUGUCUGUAGCCUAUUGGCUGUCCUGACUGUCUGUACCUACCAUGGCUAUAUGACUGUCCCUGUCUGUAGCCUAUUGGCUGUCCUGACUGUCUGUACCUACCAUGGCUAUAUGACUGUCCCUGUCUGUAGCCUAUUGGCUGUUCUGACUGUCAGUACCUACCAUGGCUAUAUGACUGUCCCUGUCUGUAGCUUAUUGGCUGUUCUGACUGUCAGUACCUACCAUGGCUAUAUGACUGUCCCUGUCUGUAGCUUAUUGGCUGUCCUGACUGUCUGUACCUACCAUGGCUAUAUGACUGUCCCUGUCUGUAGCCUAUUGGCUGUCCUGACUGUCUGUACCUACCAUGGCUAUAUGACUGUCCCUGUCUGUAGCUUAUUGGCUGUUCUGACUGUCAGUACCUACCAUGGCUAUAUGACUGUCCCUGUCUGUAGCCUAUUGGCUGUCCUGACUGUCUGUACCUACCAUGGCUAUAUGACUGUCCCUGUCUGUAGCCUAUUGGCUGUCCUGACUGUCUGUACCUACCAUGGCUAUAUGACUGUCCCUGUCUGUAGCCUAUUGGCUGUCCUGACUGUCAGUACCUACCAUGACUAUAUGACUGUCCCUGUCUGUAGCCUAUUGGCUGUCCUGACUGUCUGUACCUACCAUGACUAUAUGACUGUCCCUGUCUGUAGCCUAUUGGCUGUCCUGACUGUCUGCUUCUGGCUCCAAUAACAUCACUUCUAUAGUAGAUCCUUUAUGGGUCAAUUAGCAGGAUAUUGCAGUUUAGCACCAGCUAUGACUGUCAGUACCUACCAUGGCUAUAUGACUGUCAGUACCUACCAUGGCUAUAUGACUGUCAGUACCUACCAUGGCUAUAUGACUGUCAGUACCUACCAUGGCUAUAUGACUGUCAGUACCUACCAUGGCUAUAUGACUGUCAGUACCUACCAUGGCUAUAUGACUGUCAGUACCUACCAUGGCUAUAUGACUGUCAGUACCUACCAUGGCUAUAUGACUGUCAGUACCUACCAUGGCUAUAUGACUGUCUGUACCUACCAUGACUAUAUGACUGCCCCUGUCUGUAGCCUAUUGGCUGUCCUGACUGUCUGUACCUACCAUGGCUAUGACUGUCAGUACCUACCAUGGCUAUAUGACUGUCAGUACCUACCAUGGCUAUAUGACUGUCAGUACCUACCAUGGCUAUAUGACUGUCAGUAUUACAUGGCUAUAUGACUGUCAGUACCUACCAUGGCUAUAUGACUGUCAGUACCUACCAUGGCUAUAUGACUGUCAGUACCUACCAUGGCUAUAUGACUGUCAGUACCUACCAUGGCUAUAUGACUGUCAGUACCUACCAUGGCUAUAUGACUGUCAGUAUUACAUGGCUAUAUGACUGUCAGUACCUACCAUGGCUAUAUGACUGUCAGUACCUACCAUGGCUCUAUGACUGUCUGUACCUACCAUGACUAUAUGACUGCCCCUGUCUGUAGCCUAUUGGCUGUCCUGACUGUCAGUACCUACCAUGGCUAUAUGACUGUCAGUACCUACCAUGGCUAUAUGACUGUCAGUACCUACCCUGGCUAUACCUUUCAAUGACUAUAUGACUGUGAUGAGUUAGCUGUCUUCCAGCUGUAAGGUACUCGGGUUUUUAUUAAAGAUUAAAUCAACA